AUGACGCUUACGUCUACAACUGGUGUCGGUGUCGCCCAUAUUAUUGAACUCUUGGCACCUGUAUAUACAGAGCUAUAUCAAUUAUGUACGUAUGGUGCAAUGGAUAUCCCUGUGUCACUCGAACGUACAGCAGACGACAAUCUCCAGCUCGUAUUUGCUCACCCCAAUGUUCGAAAAGAUGUCACGUGUGUGAACAACGAUUCCAGUAGCUGUUGUCACUGUAGCUAUGUACACUUUCUAUGGCUGCUUUUGGUUUUAAAAGAACGGCAAAUUCUUCACGUAGAUUCGACGUACGUGAUAGCAUCUCGAUCAAUUGGUCUUCCGCUUGCAGCAACACUUCGAUUGCACGUGCGCGUGCAUGAGGACGCUAGACGCCGUACAACGCUGAAAGAUUUUGACUUUGUAUUGUGUCAUUUACAAGCUACAAUGCUUUCAAUUGUACCGCGUAAUCAGCAAGCAAGGAAAGAUGCAGUACACUCGGCGUUGGAAGAUGCUCGAAAUAGUUUGUGUCACGUUGUUGGCUGUCAAUUGCACCCAUGGGACAAUACCAAGCGUACAUUCUUUCAACCCAAACAAAAGCUCAAUUUACCCGAUGUGUUUCACAGCUUGAUGACUCAGACGGACGUAGAUCAGAUGGAAAUUCGAGACGAUGUUACGUACAUGGCUCGAACGACAUGCUCUAAGAAGGAGAUUGUCAUGACCGACUUGCCCAACAAUAUUCUGCAUAAUAUUGUGCGUUUGAUGAAUGCACGAGACCUUGCUUCGUUGAGUAGUGUUUGCUCGCUAUUCCAGCAUAUAGCAUACGAAGUGGUGCCUGGUCUAAACCUUGUACUUUAUGAGCACCAGCGGAGAGGAUUGAAGUGGAUGUUGCGCCGCGAAACCCCUUCUCUAACGUGCAUUCCUCAUCCACAUCCAUUUAUAUUCUCGUCGGGAUUGGAAAGCUCCUUGGCUAUAGAUUUGAUCGAGAACCGAGUCAUCACACAUUCGCACGUGACGGCAAGUGAUGGUUGUGGAGGCAUGUUUUGUGACGAGCCAGGUCUUGGCAAGACCAUUACAAUGCUGGCAUUAAUUUUGCGAACAAAAGGACAAAGAACAGACAACACACAAGCUAAUACGCAUGGCCCUGGCGAAGGCAUGGCUCGGUCAGGAUUGCGGUCGCCUGGGUCUCGAGGUCGUAACGUGAAUGUUGAAGACCUAGUAAGCUCUCGGGCAUCAUUACUGGUUGUGCCAGAUCCACUGGUAGAACAUUGGAGGUAUCAAGUUGAAACUCAUGUCGCACCUGGCGCUUUGCAUGUAUUUGUUGACCCUGGUGUCGAACGCGAGUUACCGUACAAUUUGGAUCUUGCUCAGUACGAUGUUGUGAUUACGUCGUUUACAAGAUUGGCGCGCGAAUGGAGGAUAAACCGACCAACUUCAGCUUUAGAGGAGCGCAUGCCCGAACGUUACGGCUUCGAAGGCCAACAACGGUACGCCGACGGAACUUCUCGCGGAACAGUAUCAUCUCUUCUAACGGUUCAUUGGGUGCGAGUGGUUGUUGAUGAGGGGCACAAGCUGGGUGGUCCAACUCCAUCAAAUUUGAUGCAGUUGGCUCGAUUGCUGUGUGCUAAAAGGCGCUGGGUAAUGACCGGAACGCCAACGCCAAACACCCUCCAAUCUGCCGAUCUGCGCUAUAUGCAUGGACUUCUAGUGUUUCUGCGUAGUCUUCCUUACGGGAGUCCAGACGGACAGGCAUGGGUGAAAGCGAUUGCUCGUCCGUUUGAGCGGAAUGAGAUCGUCGGAUUUUAUCGCCUUCAACACCUUCUUAGCCGAAUCAUGAUACGGCAUACUAAAGAGUCGAUUCGUGAGAUAUUGCCUGAACCGAUCCGACGCACGGUCUUUAUUGACCCUACACCAAGCGAGUAUGCGCAAUACAAUGGUGUUGCCGCGGCAGUCCGCGCUAACUUGGUCAUUACGAAUAUGGACCCCAAAACUCCUGGUUAUCAGCAUCUGGACAGCCUUUUGAACCCAAGUAAUCGGAAAGAGGCGUUGCGCGUUGUUUCAAACCUUCGAUCAGCAUGUUGCGGUGGAUCAGCUAUGAAGGUUUCACUGGCCGAGGCAUCUCGAUUGGAUACGAUCAAUAUGCUAAGCGCACUCAACGUGGAUGGCAACAAUAUGACGGUUGUGCUGGAAUACCUUCGUAAAGUGCAACUGCCAGGGGUAGUCACUGAAUGUGGGUGCUGCAAGCGCAAACUGCAAUUGCUAAUGAUUAUUCCAUGCGGGCAUUUGUGCUGUGCAGACUGUGUGGGAGAUCAGAUACGAAGCGUUGGUCCCAUUUGUUUCCAUUGCAAUGCUCAAUUUGAUCGAGAGACCUUCCAACGACUUCAGCCUGGCUUUGAGUUUGAAAUGAUGGAAGAAGGUGUGGCGUUGGAGAAUAAUAAUCCCAACCUGAACCAAAACGUUCGUCGUGUGAGGCGCGUCAAUCGGAUUCAACAGCUUGUAAAUCAAGACCAGCGUCGUAACAGGGAAGGACAUGAGCCACGACACGGUAGAGAUCGACAUGCUCACGAGGCAAAUCGUCAAAAUGGCCAUCGAGAGCCCCGGCGCGCGCUUGAUCUUACUCGUGACAUUCACUUUAUCGACGCCAGCAAAGCAUUUUAUGCGGCAACAAGAAUUAAAGAGCUGAAGGAGGAGUUUCUUCUUGGCCCCGUCGCUCCAAGCGGGUGCUCUUCGCGACGUCGAGUGCACCAUCUUAAAGCGAUCAUCUUUUCACAAUUCAAGGAGCAUAUUUGGCACACUAAGGUUGCAUUUGCUCAACAAGGCGUACCUACUGCCGAUUUCAUUGCUGGGCUAAGCCCGAAAACGCGAAUGAAACAGUUAAUGCGUUUUCGCAAGGACCCUAACGUAAAUGUUCUCUUGCUAACGGAGGUUGGAUCACACGGCUUGGACCUCUCCUUUGUUACGCACAUCUUCUUAAUGGACGAGAUCUGGGACAAAUCGCUGGAGCAGCAAGUUAUAAGUCGAGCGCAUCGAAUGGGCGCAGGUCAAGCUGUGGUGGUGGAACAACUGUGGAUGCGAGGCAGUGUUGAAAGCCACAUGUUGGGGCCUCGUGAAAUAGACGAUCGGACCAAACUUAAAGAAAAAUCUCUAGUCCAAUUGAGAGUGCCUGAUGCCAUUUCAUUAGAGGGAUCACCAAAAAAGCCUAAUACUGGAGGAACAAUGUUUGGUGCUCCAAGCAAAAAGCGCAAACGUCAUCGAUCGAACGUAAGUGACGCUUCGAAAGCUGCAAAAGGUAACAAGAAUACCGCACUGCAGCGCAAGCUUGACUACGUGCUGAAGAAUCUGCGCCUGUUGGGAGAAGAUAAAUUUGCGGAGCCUGGGGAAGUACGACCUAGAAAGCUACCGUUGCCGACAGUAGAAACUACCCCGCCAGUACCAAGAACCCAGACUGCUGUGCGUGUACAUCCAGAAGUAAAAGAACGUGUGGUUACGUCUGCAAACGAGGCUUUGCAGAGUCCUUCUCUUCAUAUUUCAGUGCCAAAGCAUUCUCCCCCGGAUGACAUAAUUGUGAUUGAUAGUUCUUCGGAUGAAGAGAUAGAGGAAGUAGAUACCAAGGACGAGAAGCAAGAUAAUAUGAUGGCGGCAAGGAUGAUGCAAACUAGUCCAAAGCAAAGGAGUAUUGUUGUGACGUUGAGCUCGAGCGACGAUGAGGAUAUAUCUGUAAAAAUGACAGGUGUGGCGAAGACAGGAGUGCAUAGAAUAGUAAGGACGGCGACCACGAUUAACUCCAAAACGAAGGAGGCGUUUUAUGCUAUGAUUGACGAUGAUGAUUCCGAGACGGAGUCGGAGUGA